UGUUAAUUGAUUGAUUGUACAAAGUUACAGCUCAACGUUUUGUCAACGAAAAUUGUUUAAUUAAACAUUUAAAAUGUGUGAAUACGACAUUUCGGAAACAGCUUAUACCAAACUAAUAUUCCAUGCUGCCAAAUAUCCACACCAGGCGGUCAAUGGGCUGCUGUUAGCCGAAAAGAAUACAAAAGGUUCGGGUUCUAUAGUCCACAUUACAGAUGCAAUACCGCUGUUCCAUCAAUGCCUGCAUGUCACUCCCAUGGCAGAGGUGGCCCUUAUGCAGAUUGAUGCGUAUGCUGAGAACCAGGGCUUGGUCAUUGCUGGCUACUAUGCUGCGCCGGAGAACUUCUACGACGAUGAUAUGGAUUCUUUUCUAACGCCGGCUAGUAAAAUCGCUGAAAAGAUCCAGGAAAACUAUAAGAACGCCUGCUUUGUGGUCAUAGACAAUAAGCUGGUCACGCUGGAACAUAAUCGCGCUGCAAUUCAAGUCUAUGGCUAUGCACAGGAAGCCAAAUGGCUCAAAGCCAAGUAUACGUUAAAUCAGACCUCACAAACAUUAGAAGGCGUGUCACUUUUGUUGAAACGCGGUGCCAUGCGGGAUGUUAUUGACUUUGACAAUCAUCUGGACAAUCCAGUGAACGAUUGGACUAAUCAGUUUCUGAACCAAUCUUUAAGGGACUUGCAGAAGCUUUACUAGCAUGUGUGCUUGUUAUAUGGUUUAGCUGUUAAAGUCUAGCAAAUGUGCAGUUUAAAGUAUGGAACACAAUUGGGGAAAUUCCACCUUGCAAUUUAAUUUAUUUUGUAUUGUAAUUACCAUUGGUUUUCAGUAAACUUUAAAAUAAUGCAUAUAAGUUAAAUAACAUUCAACUAAUUAAUAAACAAUCAAUUCUUGUCUAUUUGUUUGCUAGGGUACAGUGAAUGGUUCCGGUACUGGUGUGUUUUUGUCCGUCGAUCUGUCAGCAUUCGUGUUUAAUAUUACCGUUAAUAAAUAUAA